AUGAGUUCCCGCGCCUGGUCUAGCGACCUCACUCCCUACUUCGUCUACGUCCUCUUCGUCGCCACGCUUGGCCCGCUGCUCUUUGGCUUUCACUUGUCCGAGCUCAACGCACCCGAAGAUGUCAUACGCUGCAAAAAGAACUCCAUCACCGCCGCCGCGGCUGGCCUCCCGCAGUGCAUCAAGAUGACCCCCACGGAAUGGGGCGUCGUAGGCUCAAUGUACACGCUGGGAGGGCUGCUCGGCGCCCUCUCCGCCGGCCCACUGGCAGGAAAAUACGGACGACGACGCGCGAUGCAGCUGACGUCGAUAUUCUUCAUCGUUGGGCCUGUAUUCGAAGCAUUGUCGCCCAAUAUUGGCGUUAUGGCGGUGGGGAGGCUGUUGUCGGGCGUGGGUGCUGGCGCAUCCGUGGUCGUCGUUCCCAUUUACAUCUCGGAGAUCGCACCGCCGGCGCAGAAGGGCUUCUUUGGCGCAUUCACGCAGAUCAUGUGCAAUGUGGGCAUCCUGUUUACCCAGCUGCUCGGCUACUUCCUCAGCCAUGAUUCGUACUGGAGGAUCAUUUUGGCUGCGGGAGGCGUGAUUGGAGUGCUACAGCUUCUGGGGUUAUUCUUGUCUGUGGAGAGUCCCAAAUACCUUGCUGAGCAGGGUCACACAUCGCAAGCGAAGAAGGCGCUGCGCAGCAUUCGUGGUGAAGACAAGGAUAUCAACGACGAGUUCAACAGCUGGAGCGUUGAUGGGACUGCUGAUGUUAAUGACGAAGAGCAAACCCUUUUACACAACGAUGACGAGCCCUCCACGCCGAAGAACCGAUCCAAAGAAGAAGCUCUCAGCAUCGCCCAAGUCCUCCGACACCCGGACUACCAGAAAGCUGCUUUUGCAGUCAUUAUGAUCAUGCUCGCCCAGCAGCUCAGCGGCAUCAACAGCAUUGUCAUGUACGGCGUCUCGCUAUUAUCCGAUCUACUUGCUGCGAACUCAGCCCUCCUCAACCUCGCAGUAUCGGCCGUCAACAUCGUCGUUACCACCGGUUGCGCACCCUUGCCAGACAAAUUGGGUCGCAAAGCAUGUCUGCUGCAAUCGCUUGCCGGCAUGGGCAUAUCCUCCCUCCUUCUCGCCAUAGGCAUCAUGAGAUCCAUACCUGUGCUAUCAGCAGUAGCCGUCCUGCUUUUCGUUUCUAGCUUUGCGCUGGGUCUCGGACCUGUGCCCUUCAUACUCUCCGCUGAACUGGUGGGUCCGGAGGCCGUGGGCGCAACGCAGAGUAUUGCGCUGGCGGCGAACUGGAUCGCGACAUUCCUCGUUGCGCAGUUUUUCCCGUUGGCGAGCGCGAAAUUACAUGGCAAGGUUUACAUCAUCUUUGCGGCGCUUUCGGCGGCCUUCUUCGUGUUCAUCAGCUGGUUCGUUCCCGAGACGAAGGGCAAGAAGAAUGCGGAUGAAGUGUGGGGGAGGGAGCGACGAGUUGACUAG